UUUUCCUUGGUUACAUUUAAUUUUCAAUUAAUUAAUUGUUCUUUCUAUUCUUUGUCAUCGCGGUCUUCACCUAAAUAGUCUAUUUAGUUUCCCAUGACGUGUUCUUUUAUAGUAUUUAAAUCAAGACCUCUGUUCAAUUUUAGCCUGAAGUAGCCAACCAUGUCUGAUGAUGAAAAUGAAGUGUCUUAUUAUAAGAAAGAUAAAGGAUUGCAUUAUGGGAGUCUUGAAGAACAUCAGAAUACUGACAAUGAUUCACACCGUAAAACCUCCAGUGCUAUAGAAGCUGGAAUAGCUGCUGGAAAUAUUAACAUAUCAGAUGGAGCAGUGUUUGAAAUUGAUGAUGAGCAAAGUGAAAGCCAAGCAGAAUUACUAGCAGAAUUUGAACGCAGGAAAAGGGCUCGACAGAUCCAAGUAUCCACUGAUGACACUGAAGUAAAAGCUACUUUAAGGCAGCUCGGGGAGCCUAUAUGUCUCUUUGGAGAAGGUCCUGCUGAUCGUCGAGAACGUUUGAGGCAGUUGUUAGCUCAGAUUGGAGAAGACACUAUAAAAAAAAAGAAAAUUGAACAAGAAGAAAAAAAGAAGAAAAGAGAAGAGGAAAAUAUUACCUGGUAUCAUGAAGGCUCAGACACACUAAAAGAAUCUCGAUAUUGGUUAGCACUUUAUUCUAUUCCAAGAGCAAAAGCACGCAUCAAACUUCAAAAAGAUUCUAAAAACAUGCCCAAAGCACAAAGAGAUGCUAAAUUACAUGAUCUUCAUAAAAGAAUUCGGUCUGUGUCUAAUGAAUGCAGUCAGAUAGGAGAUAACCGCCCUCUUUCAUUCUGUCAGUUUAGUCCAGAUUCAUCUAUGCUUGCUGUGGCAUCUUGGUCUGGUUUAUGUAAACUUUGGUCUGUCCCUGACUGCAGUUUGAUCCGUACUCUCCGAGGCCAUAACUGUAAUGUAGGAGCAAUUGUGUUCCAUCCUCAAGCAACUCUUACUAUGGAUGAUGCAUCUUGCUGUCUGGCUUCUUGUGGACAAGAUGGCACAGUAAAACUCUGGAACCUUAUAAGUGAUGAACCAGUAGCUGAUAUUGAAGGCCAUGCCCCAUACCGAGUGUCUAGACUGGCUUAUCACCCUUCUGGAAGAUUCCUUGGAACCUGUUGUUUUGACAAUUCUUGGCGACUCUGGGAUUUGGAAGUACAGGAAGAAAUUCUUCAUCAAGAAGGACACAGUAAACCUGUCUAUUGCAUUGCUUUCCAGAAAGAUGGUGCUCUAGCGAGUACAGGAGGACUUGAUGCCUUUGGAAGAGUUUGGGAUCUUCGGACUGGUCGAUGUGUAAUGUUUCUUGAAGGACAUCUUAAAUCUGUGUUAGAUAUUGAUUUCAACAGUGAUGGGUAUCACAUUGCAACUGGCAGUGAAGACAACACAGCUAGAUUAUGGGAUAUCCGUCAACACAAAUGUGUCUACACCAUUCCUGCUCACACCAACCUUGUUUCACAUGUGAAAUUCCAACCUGACCAUGGUCACUACCUGGUAACUUCUUCAUAUGACAAUACAUCUAAGAUAUGGACCCACCCUACAUGGUCACCUAUGAAAACACUUGCUGGUCAUGAAGGCAAAAUCAUGGGAUUUGACAUCUCGCCAGAUCUCAAAUAUAUGGCUUCCUCUUCCUAUGAUCGGACAUUUAAGUUGUGGGCCUCUGAAAUGCUUGGGAGUCUUUGAUAAAUUACCUGGUCUUUGACUGAAUGUCAGAUAAUAUAAUAUUCUAUGAGAGCCAUUCUAUUGUGAAUGACUAUUAAUAUCAAUUACCAUCAGUUCUAUUUCUUAGAAAAAAAAUGAUAGUCCUUGUGUUUUACUCAAAUAUUAUCAUUUCUGACAGUCUAGUAUUGUCUCAUUGACUAUGACAGUCCAAAUGCCUUGAUCACUGAUUAUCUUCUCCAUACCCAGAACUGUUCAUACACUUCUAACAACAAAAUGAAAACAGAUAAAAUAAAAAUGUGAAGC